AUUUUGGCGGGACUAGCUGUAGCCGGGGAAGCUGUGCGGAGCCGGAUGAAGCUCUGCAUUCCUGCCACCCCUAGGUCCCUGAUCCUUCCUUGAAGUUCUAUAUUCCAGCUGUUCUCUUACAUCAUGGAUGGGGAGGGUGAUGAUCUGUGUCUGCUGACUGCAUUACUGGAGGAGAAUGAGGCAGCCUUGAAUUGUAAUUCAGAGGAGACUGACCCCGUGGCCCAGACAGACGGCAGACCUGAUGAAUUUGAUGAGCUCUUUGAUGCUAGUGGUGAUGGUGAAUCAUACACUGAGGAGAUUGAUGAUGGAAAUGAGGAAAAGACUGACGAUCAAAAGGAAAAUGUGGCCACUCUCUUUGGAGAUACGGAAGACUUAACAGAUGAAGAAGAAGAACCUCCAUUGCAAUCAACUAAAAAUAGAGUCCUCCCUGCUCCUGCUCCCAAUCAAGAGAAAACAAAUCAGGAGUUGCAAGAUGAAUUAAGAAAGCUACAAGAGCAAAUGAAGUCCUUACAAGAAAAGCUAAAGACAGCAACAAUUACACAGCCUAACAGUCCAGCUCUUGUGCAGAAACCCCCUGAUAAGUCUGUACGUCUACCUCUUAAGGAGAGAAAAGUUCAGAGAAUUCAAGAGUCAACUUGUUUUUCUGCUGAGCUUGAUGUUCCUAUUCUACCAAAAGCAAAGCGGGUGGCUCGAACACCAAAAGUUUCACCUGCAGUGCCCAGAAGCUCAUCUUCAAGUAUGACAAGUAUACCUUCAAGUAUGACAAAUGCACCCUCCCUACCACUCCAAAUCACUCCCGGCAACAAGCCGAGCAGUGUGACUAGACAUCAGAGUGCAGGAACCCAGAGUUCUGGGGAAAUGGCUCAGCCUAUCUCUGUGGAAGCCUUCUCCGGUCUGAGACUCAGGCGUCCUCGAGUGUCCUCCACAGAAAUGAACAAGAAGAUGAUUGGCCGGAAAAUGAUCAGAUUGUCUCAGCUUAAGGAAAAAAUUGCAAGUGAGAAGCUGGAAGAAAUAGAUUGGGUGACUUUUGGGGUUAUAUUGAAGAAAAUCACUCCACAGAGUUCUAACAAUGGAAAAACAUUUAGCAUCUGGCGGCUGAAUGAUCUGCGUGACCUGACGCGAUAUGUGUCUUUGUUCUUGUUCGGAGAAGUUCACAAAGAGCUCUGGAAGACUGAGCAGGGUACUGUCAUAGGGUUGCUUAACGCUAACCCCAUGAAGCCCAGAGAUGGUUCAGAGGAGGUGUGUUUAUCUAUUGAUCAUCCUCAAAAGAUCUUAAUUAUGGGUGAAGCUCUUGACCUGGGAACCUGUAAAGCAAAGAAGAAGAAUGGAGAACCAUGUACACAGACUGUUAAUUUGAAUGACUGUGAAUACUGCCAGUAUCAUAUCCAGGCCCAGUACAAGAAGCUCAGUGCAAAGCGCUCCGACUUGCAAUCCACUUUCUCUGGUGGACGCAUUCCAAAGAAGUUUGCCCGCAAGGUCAUCAGCCUAAAAGAACGGCUGUGCCAGGGUGGUUUUCACUAUGGAGGAGUUUCUUCAGAAUCAUAUGCAGCCUCGAUUGCUGCAGCUGUUGCUCCUAAAAAGAAGGUUCAAACCACUCUGACUAAUCUGGUUGUGAAGGGUGCAGACUUGGUCAUUCAGGAAACGCAAAGAAAGCUUGGAAUACCUCAGAAGAGCCUGUCUUGCUCUGAGGAAUUCAAAGAAUUGAUGGACUUGCCUACAUUUGGGGCCAGAAACUUGAAACAGCAUUUAGCCAAAGCCAAGUCAUCAGGGAUCCUGGGGAGCCCGCAACCUGCUAUCCAGUCUAUCUCGGCAUCAGCCCUCCUGAAGCAGCAGAAGCAGCAUAUGUUGGAGAUGAGGAAAAAGAAAUCAGAGGAAAUUCAGAAACGAUUUCUUCAAAGCUCAAUGGAGGUCAAGAGCCCAGUGAUGCCACCUUCUUCUCGACAGCCCUCCUCCCAGUCACUACGCACUGGGGCUGAGUUCCGCAGACUAGAAGGAUCCCCAGCCGCACAGACACCCCAGCUUGGGCGAGGCAUCUCAGAAGGAGAUGAUGUCCUCUUUUUUGAUGAGUCACCACCACCAAGACCAAGACUGAGUGCUUUAGCAGAAGCCAAAAAAUUAGCAGCUAUUGCCAAAUUAAGGGCAAAAGGCCAAAUUCUUACAAAAACAGAUCCAAACACCAUUAAAAAGAAGCAAAAGGGACCCCAGGAUGUGCUGGAAAUGAAGGAACGUGUAGAAAAGAACACAUUUCCUGCUCAAGGUGAGAAUGAAUUGGAACCUGCCAGAAAAAGAAGGAGAGAACAACUUGCCUACCUGGAAUCUGAGGAGUUUCAGAAAAUUCUAAAAGCAAAAUCUAAGCACACGGGGAUUCUAAAAGAGGCUGAGGCUGAACUGCAGGAACGUUACUUUGAGCCACUGGUGAAAAAAGAGCAAAUGGAAGAAAAGAUGAGAAACAUCAAAGAAGUGAAAUGUCGAGUAGUGACAUGCAAGACAUGCGCCUACACCCACUUCAAGCCUUUGGAGACAUGCGUCAGCGAGCAACAUGACUACCACUGGCAUGAUGGAGUGAAGAGAUUUUUCAAGUGCCCCUGUGGAAACAGAAGUAUCUCCCUUGACAGACUCCCCAAAAAGCACUGCAGUAACUGUGGCCUCUUCAAAUGGGAACGGGACGGAAUGCUAAAGGAAAAGACAGGUCCAAAGAUAGGAGGAGAAACUUUAUUACCAAGAGGUGAAGAACAUGCCAAAUUUCUGAAUAGCCUUAAAUAGCCCUGACUACAAACAUUUAAGUACAAUCUACAUUGCUCCCUGUGACUCUGGAAAAGCAAGGUAUUGGCCCUGUAUGGUUUAUGUUCCUGAUUGACGGUCAAAACAACUGUUAAGCCUACUAGCCUUACGUACUUACUUUCUUCAAUAUUUUGGUUGACACAAGGUUUAAUGUUUUACCGUUAAGUGGAAAAUCACGAUGUCAUUGUCUUCCCUGUUCUCUGGUCACACAGUUAACCCCCCAAAACUGGAAGAUAAAUUGAGAGCUGUGUUUCUGCAUCUGUUGGUUUGUAAAAUUUGUGGCGUGGCUUCUUUAUCAUAAUAAGGUUCUAGUAUUUAUAUGGACACUAGAGGCAAAGAAUUAACUUAAUUUACCCCAGUUAUGUUGCUUAGUUUCUGGACUUCAGUUUCUUUAUGUACAAAAUGAAAAUGGUUGAACUAAAUGGUCUUGAAGAACAUCAUUCAGCCUCAAAUACUACAAAUAAUGUAACUUAUCUAGAUAACUAUGAUUAUUGCCGUUGUUAUAUAGACUUGAUAUGUUGAUACUAUUCUAUGGCUCUCUGCGCCCUCAUAGCAUCACAGAGUUCUGUAAUAGAUAUACCUAAAAUCUCAUCAUUUUAAAGUAUGCUUUAAAGAAACUAGAAUUUCUAACCAAAUUGAAUGUCAAAUUUAAGAAACUGUGAGGCAUGAUUAAAAAUCAGAAACAUGCCAGAAAUAAGACAGAAUCUCAUGGAGUUUGGGGUUUGCAGAUAUUAUACAUAUCAAGAAUUAAAGUUCAGACCUCAUAUAAAUUAGCACAGGAAACUUCCAUCUAGGGGGUUCCUCUGAUUAGGCAGACUGAUUUUCCAAAUAUCAUUUGAGCUAAGUGAAUGCAGAUAGCACCUAAAGAUUGGGUAAAUUGUUAGGAUUAUAUUGGGAUUUUAACUCUAGUUAGAAAGAAAGUUUGGUUUCCCUUGAGAUGGUAUUAUGGUGGAAACUUGACAAUUAUGGGAGAUGCUUGGUGGGUGAGUGAUGGUUGAUUUAGGUUUUAAAAAUCCAAAAGUAAAAUUCACGUGCCUUAGAUCCCAUAAAAUUUGGCUCAGUAUGGGUGGAAGGUUGUCUGUGACUCUGUGUCUCCCCGAUGGGCAUAUCCUAAACACUAUACUUUAAGGAGUACUUCAGUUCCAGAAGGCUUGUUUUGUUUUGUUUUUUAAUUUUUAACUAACAAGAGAAUUAAGUGUUCAAUUCUUAAUUAGAAUAGAAAAGUACUUGAAACUCUGAUUUUUUAGAGUAGAUUUAUUUGUCCCAUGAAUUUAAAAUAGCAAUGGAGCAACUGCCUAGAAAUUGUCCUUUUACCCAAGAGUGUCACUUGUAUGUUAUAGAUAAGUAGUGUAGUAUUCCUGUAAAGAUUGAUAGUGAACUGAAUCACCUUUUUUAAAUUUUAAUUUAAAAUUUUUACAUUUUUUCAAAUAUAGUUGAGUUCCUUCUCAGUUACUAGAUCUUGGGGGCUGUGUUUGAUUUAAGGUGCUUUGUGUGCACUUUCAUAGUAUAUUCAGCGAUGAGAAGGAAAAGGGGGCUUACUUGUUAACAUUGAAAAUGAUUCAUCAAUGAGAUCAAUCUUUUUAAUUCUACCCUCUUUAUUAAAUGCUUCAUGUAAAUCCAAAAUGUGUGUUUAAAUUUUUUUCUGACCCUGCUCCAUCAUUGGCAAUGCAGGGUUUAUUGUGUAAUUACAGCCUGUCAAAAGAGGGAAAUAAGUACGCAGUGAUCUAAAUUAGCAAAUAGUACUGGCUAUGCCCUGCGUAGUUGAACCUGGGUGAUCUGAAUGUUACAGUUUUCACAACAGAUUUUUCUUUCUUUUCUUUUCUUUUUGGGUAUCUUCCUCUUUUUUUUCCCU